UUCAAAAAUCAAUGGAAAAAAACGCCUAUGCGAUGCGUCCAUGGCGUCGGCCUUUCACUCUGCUAAAUUUAGAGAGAGAAUGAGAUGGAUGAAAAUAAAGUGAUUUUUCGGUUCACGCCAAUUCCCACUUUUCUGAACCUCAUCAAAAAGCAAAAGGACGAAAAAGGAAAAGAGCAUAAAAUCGCAAUUUCAUGAAAAUUUCUGCUUUAGAUUAUUCUCCAGUCUUUAUUUCACUUCAUAUGGGGCACAUCACUCCAUACAUCCGUUAAAGUAGAGAUUUUGCAUUUCUAUAGCCCUCAUUCUUCGCCUUUCUCUCUUAUUUUCUUGAAAAAGGAUUGAAUUUUUAAACUUCGCGUGUUCUCUCUGUGUGGAAAGCAGAUGCAUUGACCCUCAAAGCUUUCAAUUUCCCUCCCUUUCCUUUAAUGCAGUGAACUGAAUUUGCGAUUGAGCUUCAUAUCAAAAGGAAAUUUGUGAUUACAGAGGCGUAUUGCGUUAGUUGAUUGAAUGAUUUAGAGAAUGGGUGGUGGAAUUGGGGGAGGGAGGGUGGAGGUGAUUGCUGCGAAGGGGUGUUCGAGGCUGUUCAUGGAUUUCUCUUCCUCAUUCAGAGGAAUCUCGACGUUUUCUUUGGAGCCGCCCUCUCCGGCUGCCGCCGCAGUGCCAGAAACUCCGGUGAAAACCGUGAAAGCGAGAGGCCCUUUCUCCGGCCUUGUCAUUUGCGUGACGGGGCUCUCUAAAGAAACAAGGAAGCAGGUGAAGGAAGCAACGGAGAGAUUGGGAGGUCAAUACAGUCCUCAUCUCCAUCCCCAUUGCACUCACUUGGUGGUUCAGAGCUUUCAAGGACGUAAGUUUGAGCAUGCUAUGCAACAUGGAACUACAAAUGGUUUACUCCUGGUAACAAUUGGGUGGUUUGUGGAUAGCGUCAAAAGGAAUGUUAGGCUGAGCGAAACACAGUACAGUGUUAAUAGCAUCGGAGAUAAUGGUCUAGCAAGUAAUGACUCGAAACGGCUUGAUCAGAACUCUGGUGCUGAAAAUUCGUGUCUGCCUUCUGGUUUGCUUAAGCAUAAUAAACAACCCGAAUUUUGUGGAGCUCCUGGCUCCCAGUUUUCAGAGAGGGAGAGUAAAAGAUACACUACUUCAUCAUCCUUUUCCGGUCAAUCCUUUUAUGUUGAUGUAGAUGUACCUGCAGAACUUCUCAGUAAGGUUUCCGUAGCUCUCUCUGCCGAAGGUGCUACCUUAGUGGACCAAUGGUUUGUUGGCUGCAAUGUUAAUUAUGUAGUAUGUGAAGGACCUUCUGUACAAAAAUAUCUGGGACACUCGACCAACGUUGUAACACCACUAUGGGUUCUAAAGUCUGCAAAAGAAAAAUCUCUUCAAAGACUCGUCCAUUUAUCAACUGAUCUAGCCAGGUAUACUGGAGCAAGGGUUGAUAACCUCCGGCAUGAUGUUUCUCACGAGGGAGUGAGUAGGGUGACUUGUUCUGCUGAUAAAGCCAGUCAUGAAACAAGGCAAAUAAAGGUGACCCUAGCCAAAGAUGGUGUCAGAAAGCGUCGGAACCGUCAAAUGCAGACAUGCCAGACUCCAAUACGGCCAAUAACGCCAGGCAGUCUUUUGGAUUCAAUUUGCUGGUCAGUGUCCGAGCCAACCUCGACUGCAUCCAUUUAUACAGAGUCCUCAAGUGUCGAGAAUGGCGCUGAAGACCAGCCACCCGUGUUCUUUGAUGCCAAAGAAGAUGGAAAAGAAUCCGAAUCUUCAUUUGUGAACUUAUCCCGACCUCUCACAGAAAGUGAGAAGACCGAGUUAAUACUAAAAGGCCCUUUCCUUACGAUCAUGUUCCCUGUCGACCGGUUCUCUGAGAUGGGCCCUAGUUCGAGAACAUUUUUCAGCAACAAAGGGUUUACAUGUUUGCAGGUGUUAGAUUAUAUCUAUGCAUUUUAUCAGGAGAAUAUGUCUAAUGAGGAAAUAGAAGUUGCCAUCUACACAGACUCGAGGCAUGCUGACCGGCUCAGGUCCAUCUACUCGAGCAAGGAAACAGCAGAGUGCGGUCAUAUAGAAUUCAGACGGAUUGAUUUUCUUGGCAGUCGGAGGAGUUUUGAAAUGUUGAAACGCGUUCAAGGUGACAGUAACAGUAACCUCUACGAGUUAUUGAUCAGAGCGUGAGCUCCGUAAGCCCUCUCCGAAUAUCCCAUCAGUUUCUGCUAACAUAUGAUCAGUUUGAAACAGGGAUAUAAAAUCUGUAUAUGUUCAUAAUAUCAGCCAAGUUGUGUUUCACAUUGUCAAAAUGUAGUUUUAAGUUUUUUAUUUGUGUUUCUUGCUGAAUUAGUUGUUGAUGAUAAUUCAAGAUACAUGUUAUACUCUUUUAUUCAAAAAAAUAAUGUUGACAUCGUCUUCA